GCUUCUGGUAGCUCAUCAGUUGCACACCGCGCCGUGCGUCGCUCAACUUCGAGUGCAUCGCGUCGCCGCAGCUCAUUGGCUUCUUCGUCUUUCCGCAACUCGUUGGCCAUUGAGAAUGGUGCCCAUGCCGAGUCCAAGUUCUUUGCCUUCCUGGAUCUGGUCGCCAAUGCUUCAAAGGAAGCCAUCUCCCUGAAGGAGCUCUGGUCUCAGAUGGCCGCAGAGCGCCGCAACUUCGCUGCUGAACGCGAGGAGCUCCGUGAACAGAUCGAAGAGGUCACUUACGAGCUCGAGACCAAGCAGCAAGACAACCACAGACACGACGGUGAACUUGUUGAGCACAAGGAGAAGGUCCGCGCCAUCUCCAUUGAGCUUACUACCGCCAUCAACAGACUCGCUGCAGAAAAGAACAAGCUAUCCGAGCGUGAUCAGCACAUUGACCGUCUCCGCAACGAGCUCAUUGGUCAGCAAGAGCUUCAAUCAACCUUCCGCACUCAGAUUGACCGUCUAAAGGCCGAGUACCAGUCUCAUGAGACUCUGUUCAAGGCCAUGCAGGAUGACAGAGAUGGUGCAAGAGAAGAUGCCGACCGUUAUCAGCGUAACCUUCAAAGAGUCACCCAGGAGCGCACAGAGAUCAGCAACAGACUCGAGGAGGUUCAGACCAACCUUGACACACUCCGCAAGGAAGCGCUGAUCUCUGCCGAGCGUCUGAGAAAGUACGAGCUCGACCAGGACGAGAAGAUCCACGAGAUCAACCGUCUCAAGGAAGAGCUUCGCAAGUCUCGCAGCAGAGAGGAGGAGUCUGGCUCCGAGCUUCUCAUCAUCUCCGAGAAGUUCAGCCAGUCCAACCGUGACAUCAGCAAGCUCAAGGAUACCCUCCGCACUGUCGAGGGCGAGCGUGAUGAGCUCACUCACAUCGUCGAUGUUAAGAACCGUGAGAUCAAGUCCACCAUUGCCAGACACGACGAGGUCCAGACUCUCCUCCUCGAGAAGACCACUCAACUCGACGCCCUCAGACGCGAGCUCUCCCUCUACGAAGACCGCCUCCGCAGUGCCGAGCUCGAAAGAGACGAGAAGCACGAAGCCCUUGAGCACUCUCGCGAGCAACACAAGCUCGUCAUCAUCACCCGCGACGAGCUCCAGAACGAACUCAUCACCGCCCAAGGCAAAGUCGACGCCCACAAGCGCCAGAUCAACCUCCUCACCGAGACCGCUCAGAAAACCGAACAACUCAUCAUCGAGACCCGUGCCGAAAUCACAAACCUCAACGGUACGGUCAAGGGUCUUGAGCGUGAGCGCCUCGACUGGCAAAAGAAGAACACUACCCUCACCGACCAGCUCGUCGAACUCAAGGGCCGCAUCGUCAUCCUCCAGACCCAGAUCCACGAGGGCGGUGCCGAGCGCGAGGGUCUCCGCGAGGAGCUGCGCAGAUCUCGCGAAGAGCUCGAAGAGGUCACCGAGACCGUCACCCAAGACGGCUCUGCCGAAUUCGAGUACGAGCUCGAAAACAUGCGCGCCAUGCUGCGUGAAGCCCGUGAGCAAAAGGAACAGGCCAUUGCUGCCCGGGCUUCUGCCGACCGCGAGCGCGACGAGGUCUACUCCAAGUACGAGUCCAAGUGCCGCGAACUCGAGCGCUUUGAGGAGGAAUCUGCGUCGCAGAUGCGUGCGAUUGCUGCUUCUUCUGGUAGC